UUUUUAUGCGUGGAACAUGCGUGAUUGUAUUCCAUUCGAUGCGCAGAACUUUUCUACCGCAUCUUUCGCUAUAAAUAAAAAAUAUUUGCAAACAAUGACAAUACAUAAAAAAUAUUAUUUAUAAAUAUUCUAUUUUUUUGUCGAGUACUUCAACAUUACUGUAGUCGUUAAAUGAUGUGUAUGUUCAAGCAAAUAUAUUUCUGAAGUUUUUGAAUCUUUUAUUCAAUAAUUUCUCUUAUAUAAAGAAAAAUCUAUAUCCAAACAAUUUUUAUCGAAUUUUUCUAAUUUAAUAAUAUGGAAAAGCAUAAUGAUGAACAGGAAAAAGGUUAAUAGCAUAUAUACAACAAAUAGAUAGCAUCCUGUUAUUAAAUUAGGAGUUAAUUUAAUAAAUUAUUGUCAUGUUAAUUUUAACUUCUUCAUUUAAUAUUUCAUGUGAAGCAAAUAUUCUUAUGGUCAGAUGGUUUUUAUUUUAUAUAUAUUAAUGAGAACAAACAGACUUUAUAUAAAAAAUCAUUAUACAUUACAAUAAUCCAGAUGAAGACAAACCUGGCCCUUCUUCAGAAAAUACAGAAACAGAGACAGAGGGAGAAGAUUCAGGAAUGGAAAAAAUACGCAAAUAUUUAAUUCAGAAAUUAAAGUUGUAUGACUCGGACACUGAACAAGAGUCAUGUUCAGGUGUUCUUAAAGAAUUAACCAUAGAUGGUAUUAUAGAUUACAUAAAGCAGAAUCCAAAAUGUAAAAUUAUAACAAUGGCUGGAGCUGGUAUUUCCACAUCUGCAGGAAUUCCAGAUUUUCGUUCACCUUCAAGUGGACUUUAUCAUAAUUUAGAAAAAUAUAAUUUACCACAUCCUCAAGCAGUUUUUGAAUUAGAUUUUUUUAUGGAGAAUCCAGAACCAUUUUUUACCCUUGCAAAGCAAUUGUUACCUGAAGGAUUUAAACCUACACCAUGCCACUAUUUUAUUCGUCUUUUAUGGGAAAAAGGUUUAUUAUUGCGACAUUAUACACAAAAUAUUGAUACAUUAGAAAGAAUUGCUGGAUUGCCAGCAGAAAAAUUAAUAGAAGCUCAUGGAACUUUUCAUACUGGUCAUUGCCUUAAAUGUAGGGCACCAUAUACGCUUGAAUGGAUGAAGGAAAAAAUAUUGGAAAGUGUAAUACCCAAAUGUGAAGAGUGCGAAGAAGGUGUAGUAAAACCUGAUGUGGUAUUUUUUGGAGAAAUGUUACCCGAACGUUUCCAUUAUUUCGCUGACAGAGAUUUUAUACAUGCUGAUCUCUUAAUUAUUAUGGGAUCAAGUUUGGUAGUACAACCUUUCGCCUCUCUCAUUGACAGAGUACGGCCUUCCUGUCCUCGUCUUCUUAUAAAUAAAGAAAAAGCAGGUAUGCAAGAUCGUUUGUCCAGAUUUUUAGGUUUAAGACAAGGUUUAAUCUUCGACUCCAAAAAUUCCAAUUCCGGACGAGAUGUUGCUUGGUUAGGUGACUGUGAUACAGGUUGUCAGUUGUUAGCUGACAAACUUGGUUGGGGUGAAGAAUUGAAAGCAUUGAUAAAACGAGAACAUGAACGUUUAGAUGCAGAAAAUUCCAAUAUUAAGAAUUCAUAAAAAAUUGUAUAAAUAUAUGUGUAACAGGCAAAGUAAAAUGAUUCUUUAAUGUUUAUUGUGUCAAGUAUUAUUAUAUUGAUUCUUUUAAUAUAAUUAUUUUAUUUCA